UUUUCUGUCCUAGUCAUAGUCCAUUCAGAGAGGCAGCAGACACGACAUGAACUUUGAUUACUUCACCUCAAAGUCUUGUUUGAAAACUAGCAUAGAGGAGUACCUAUUUUCAUGGUGUUCGAGUUUUAUCCCCAGACAAUGAAAGACACGAUCAAUGCAUGGAUGACUCUGAACAAGGAAGGUGCAGAGGCCUUUUCUAUCAAUAUAAUUGAGACACAGAAAGAAUUUGUAAAGCUGGAGACGGGCGGGUACACCAUUUUGCUCACAGUACCCCCUACCUUCCAUGAUGCGUCCUCCCGUGACGAUUCUUCUGUUUUUGUGGCUGUACAAUCAGAAGAAGAAGGACAACAAAUGGAUGAUACCAUCAAAGAAGUCCUCCUAACGUUGAACGAGAAGUUAGAGAGAGUGAGAAUUGGGCACAAUUGCCUCAACAAUGUACUUGACAUCCUGCUGCAAGUUUUCAGGCAUUACAGGUGCAAGAAAAAGCCUAAGAUAUGUGACUUAGAUUGUCAUAGUCAAAAUCAAGGGCAGCCCAACGAAGCCAAGUCAUCAUAUCUGUACAAGGUGGCUGAAGAGGCUAGAGUAGAGUGUGUGAAGGCUUUUUCCAGAGCAGAUGAAAGCUCAAUUGUAGGCGGCAGAAUAUUACCAUGGUGUUCUGUUUCCGUGCAUCCGAAUUUAGGGACUAUUAAAUUGUCGAUGGAAAUUGAUGGAAUAAUGGCAUCUGAUAAUGUCACGAAGGCUUUGGGGUUUUGUUUUGGUAGCCCUCUCAAAAUUACCCUGAGCUUUAAGCCUCGGCUAUGGUUAAUAGAAGAAGAGCUUCCACCAGAGGUCUUUCGUACAGUUGAAGUAUCAGUGUGCAGUAAUCAGGUGGAAACUUCAGUCCAUAUAGUACCUGACGAAUGGGAUGAUAGAAUGAAGGUUUCUCUUACUAAAUGUUGCUUUGAUAGCAUACACCAGUACGGGCCUCAAGUCUUAGUGCCGGCUCUUGUGUGGGAGUUUUUCAAAGAUACGGCUGACGAUUUGCUCUUACAUGGUUUGCAACAAGCGGAGGAGUCCAACAAUGUUUUUACUAGGCUUUUGAAUUUCAUUGGCAUCCGGUUGAGUACAAUGGGAAGUUGGUGUUGCAAUUGUAAGAAAGAACUUUCGCCUCUCUCCCGAUCAUGGUACUGUGAUGCAGAGCUGUGUUUGUUUAGGCAUGAAGAGUUGGGCGUAGGAGCAUCAGUUCUACAAGAACUUCAGAAUUCUGAGCUUAUCGAAUUAGAGCUCUCGCUUGCAAUGGCAGCAUCAACAAGUGACCGUGAUGUUUUUGAACCAUACCCAACUUUUCUUCUCAAGCAACGAGAAAUUAGGGGCCGAUCUGGGUCCUUCAGCACUGAUAUAAAUAGAAGUACAGAAUCAUUACAGACCAGUCAAUCUGUUGGCCAAAUGCAGCUUCACCACGAUGUCAAGAAUCAUUCGACAUUUAAUAAGGAGAAUAAGAAGAUGGAUGUCUUGAUGGGGCUGAUAAAUUCAUUUCCUCCAGUUGCAGAGAUGCAAGAAUGUCAAAGUGAAUUUGAAUUAAGACUGAGGCUAUCAACAUCACUUCAAAAAUUUCUGACAAUUGAUAAAUUUCAUGCCUAUGAGAGCUUGGGGGAAGAGUUUGUAAAAGACUUAUGGCUUCCAUACAAUGUUCUCAGAUUUGUGUUGUUCACUAACAGGUUGUACCUCCAUCUACUUCAGGAUGAGUUUAAUCUGCAAAUACCAAAUUCCUACUACCAAUUUGCAGUUUUAUAUGACUCUGAAAGGGAGCAAUACUAUGAGCAUUGCAGGGCUACAAAAGGAUCUUUCUUCGCCUAUCAUGGCAGUCCUACAGAGAACUGGUACUCUAUAUUAAGGAAUGGCUUAAGGUGCUUAAGUGGGACCCAGUACAUGUCUAGCGGCAUGGCACAUGGACGAGGAAUUUAUUUUUCAGACAACAUAAAUGUUUCAGCUGGGUAUUGCAAGACUCGUUAUGAAUGGGCAAAUGGAAAAUUUAGAAAUUGCAGUGUGAUAGCUAUUUGUGAAAUUUUCUUGGACACGGUAAAUCGUGGCACCUAUGCCACUGUGGUUCCUCCUGAACAUGAAAAUAAUGUAGUCAUCCGAUAUUUGAUUGUAUUCUCGGGACGGGAACAUAAUAUACUGGAACCCACAAGCAAUUUAGAAUUGCACGAACAUUAUAAGAAGGUGAGAGCCAUGCAUUUGCAGAAGCUUGGCAAUAAGGACUUGGCUAUGCAGAAACAGCGCUUGGCUGCCUUUAAUAAGAGAAGAGGCAGUACCCAAUGUUCUUUCUAAUUUCUGGGUUGCGUACAUUGUUUAUAUUAAUAAUUUAAUAUUUAUAAGUUAUUAGAUUAGUUGAA